AUGAAAACGAACAGGAAAACGGCAAAGCUUGCUAACGGAAAUGGAAACAUUACGCAGAGACGGAAAAACAAUCGCCAACCGAAAAUCAAUUCACACGAGAAAGAAAAUCAACCUCCUCGGACAUUGAAUGACUUCCAGACACGGCAAAAGCAAAUGAACAUUCCCCAAGUUUCACAAGUACCUUCGUUUGUUGUAUCCGUUAAACAGGAAAGUAAAGUAAGUGAGCAACCAAUUUGUCGUGACCAAAUAACCGAGAGUCGUCCGGAAGAUGUCGGCAAAGCAAAUCAAUUGCUACAACAGCAGGCAAUCAAUGAUCCUUUGGAUGCACCACCUGAUGGAGGCUUGAAUCAAGUAAAUUAUGAGAUAAUUGAUGCUGGAAACCAUGACAACAUAAUUGAAGCAACCGAUGUCAAAGCACACUGCUCAGUAGCAGAUAAUAGCACAUCGAUAAUCCUGGAAGCCUGUACAGAAGAACCGGAAAGCAAUGUGACACGCUUGAACGAGUCCGAUCCGGCAACAUGUGUCGCCGUUCUGAAAACAGAAAAUCUUCCCAGUAGCCAGUCUAAUAGGAAAGCCGGUUCCUUUAAUGGUCCCUAUAAACUGUACCGGUUUAUGAUCUGUGAAUGGUUUUACAGCCAUAUUGAUCGUCCAUUAUACGCGGAAGGAUACAGCAAGAAGUUGGAAUUGGGUGCACUGUUAAAGGCACACUUUCCGUUACUUUUCACCCGUUCACUGAAUCGCGUCCAGUGGAACUAUAUCCGCCUGGCGCUACGAAAGCAAAGACCGGUUCGUCGCUUGUCGCACGCUUUUCUUCUCGACGAGCGAAUCAAUCUGGAGCGACGCCGUGAGAAGUUACGCUUUCUGAUGGAAAACUCCAUGAUUGAGUAUUUGGACGACGAUAUACCGUCGGCCAUUCCGAAACCGAUCGAACUCGGCAGUACGGUUCGAGGUACAUCUUUUCAACCGAACUACGGUUCUUAUACGGGGGAAGUCAUUGGAGUUCAACAUCGCAGCAUCCCAUUGUUUCUGGUUCAGUUUACGAACGGGAAUCAGCAAAUACUUACAGACUAUCGCGUAGCGCUUGAGCAGUCCUUUCACAUCGCGGAAGCUUCGGAUACUGUUUCAGUAACAGGUAAACAUCUGAAACAAAUCACACUGCUGGAAAAGAAGCUGCAAGAAAAAAUAAGACUAUUACACGGUUUGGAAAAUAUUCGACUCAACUUAGCCGGUCGUCAUGCACUGGGAAAACUCGACCCGGAACAAGAUCACGAGCAGAUCGAACGCUAUGAUCAGAUCGUUCAAAAAUUGCUGUAUCUGAAUCGUAACUUACUGCAGCUGAUGAAACAAAUCGCUACGGAUUAUGAACAGUACUUGUCCGAACCAUUGACUGCGGAUAAUUCGGAGGAGGUACCCGUGGUCGAUAAGUAUGUGGUAGAUGCGACCGACCAGCUACUAGCGGCGUAUGCUCAAAUGGAUGCUGUUUACAACAGUCCUGUGGCAAUACGGCUUUGGCGAGAAACCAUGCAGCGUUUGCACAAACGACCGGAAUACUUGCAACAGUUUGAGGUGCAUCUUGCGUCCAGGAUUGGGACGUUAUUCGAUACAACUCCCUAA